AUGUGUGGACAACAAAGAAGACAGUGCUCUACGACAAGGAAAGCUUGUGCAUAUCAAGUUGUAUAUCUUUCCAGUAAUACUUCGUCUACUGGGAUCUUGGUAGAGGAUACGUUGCACUUAAUCACAGAUGAUAGCCCAUUAAAAGAUGUUGAUGCACAGAUUACACUUGGCUGUGGAAUAAUUCAAACUGGCACAUUUUUGGAAGGUGCAGCUCCCAAUGGUCUGUUUGGGCUUGGUAUGGAUGCUAUAUCUGUUCCUAGUGUUUUAGCAAGUCGAGGACUUGCUGCAAAUUCUUUCUCUAUGUGUUUUGGGCCUGAUGGACUGGGGAGGAUCGUUUUUGGAGAUAAAGGCUCCUCAGACCAAGGAGAAACACCAUUCAAUAUUGACAAGUUACAUCCAACGUACAGUAUCAGCGUGACACAAAUAACCGUGCUGAAAAAUGUCACUGAUCUCAAUUUCAAUGCAAUCUUUGACUCUGGCACCUCGUUUACUUACAUGAACGACCCAGUUUAUACGGUUAUAUCAGAGAAAUUCAAUUCUGCAACCAAAGACAAACGCCAUCCACCUGAUUCCAGUCUUCCUUUUGAAUAUUGCUAUGACUUAAGUGCAAAUCAAACUACGAUUUCGGUUCCUGAUGUCAAUCUAACUAUGGAAGGUGGAACCCAAUUCUACAUUACCGAUCCAAUAAUAGUAACUAGUGUUCAGGGCGGUGGAUAUGUAUAUUGUUUGGGUGUUGUCAAAAGUGAGGACAUAAAUAUCAUUGGACAGAACUUUAUGACCGGUUACCGUAUAGUUUUUGAUCGUGAGAAGAUGGUUUUGGGUUGGAAGGCUUCUGACUGUUAUGACGCCAGAACUUCCAAUACUCUACCGGUAAGCCCAUGAAGCUCCCCUGCAGGUCUUCCC